UUUCCGGUGUUGUGAAUGUCUCCCCACCGUGGAACAUGGCGGCCAGCACCCGCGGCCGCUCCUUCCGGCACCUCAGGAUACGAGGUCGGAAUGACAGCGGGGAGGAGAAUGUCCCCAUAGAUCUCAGCAGAGAACCAAGUGACAACUUGAGAGAAAUUCUUCAAAAUGUGGCCAAACUUAAUGGAGUCUCCAACAUGAGAAAGCUGGGCCAUUUGAACAAUUUUAUUAAGCUUCUGUGCAAAGUUGGCCACAAUGAAGACAAAUUAGGUUUUACGUAUGAAGACAUAAUUAUAUGUUUGCGAUUAGCUUUGUUGAAUGAAGCAAAAGAAGUGCGAGCGGCUGGACUCAGAGCCUUUCGUUACCUUAUCCGAGAUUCCAGUAUUUUACAGAAGGUGCUAAAGUUGAAAGUAGAUUACUUAAUAGCAAGAUGCAUAGACAUACAACAAAGUAAUGAAGUAGAAAGGACUCAAGCACUUCGACUAGUCCGAAAGAUGAUUACUGUGAAUGCUUCCUUGUUCCCUAGCUCUAUAACAAAUUCCUUGAUAGCAGUUGGAAAUGACGGCCUUCAAGAGAGAGACCGGAUGGUUCGAGCCUGCAUAGCCAUUAUCUGUGAACUAGCACUUCAAAACCCAGAAGUGGUGGCACUCAGAGGUGGACUGAGUACUAUCCUUAAAAAUGUGAUUGAUUGCCAAUUAAGCCGGAUAAAUGAGGCACUUAUCACUACAAUCUUGCACCUACUUAAUCAUCCAAAAACCCGACAGUAUGUGCGAGCUGAUGUGGAAUUAGAGCAAAUCCUCGCGCCAUACACAGAUUUUCACUACAGACAUAAUCCAGACACUGCAGAAGGCCAGCUCAAAGAGGAUAGAGAAGCACGAUUCCAAGCAAGCAAACUGGGGAUUGUAGCAGCAUUCCGAUCGUGGGCAGGUAUUAUUAGCCUAUGCAAGCCUGGUAACUCUGGGAUCCAAUCGAUAAUAGGGGUACUUUGUAUACCAAACAUGGAAAUACGGAGAGGCCUGCUUGAGGUACUGUAUGAAAUUUUUCGCCUCCCGAUUCCUGUUGUUACAAAGGACUUCAUAGAUGCCCUUCUAAGUGUAGAACCCAGUCGAUUUCAGGAAUGUUGGAGACUUUCAGACGGGUUUGUAGCAGCAGAGGCUAAAACUAUUCUUCCACACAGAGCACGCUCAAGACCUGAUCUUAUGGACAACUACAUGGCAUUGGUACUGUCUGCGUUCAUUUCAAAUGGCCUGUUGGAGGGUCUGGUUGAGGUGAUUACAAGCAGCGAUGAUGAUGUUUCUGUUAGAGCUACCAUCAUUCUUGGGGAGCUAUUGCACAUGGCAAACACAAUCCUUCCUCAUUCACAUAGUCACCACUUGCACUGCUUACCAACGCUAAUGAACAUGGCAGCGUCUUUUGAUAUCCCAAUUGAGAAAAGGCUACGGGCCAGUGCUGCUCUAAGUUGUUUGAAACGCUUCCACGAAAUGAAAAAACGUGGCCCAAAGCCUUAUAGUCUGUAUUUGGAUCACAUUGUACAGAAAGCGAUCACCACACAUCAAAAGAAGGAUCCACAUGUACGCAUUCAGAAAGAUAUCUUCAUACUAAAGGAUUCAGAAGAAGCUUUAGUGACAAACCUAAGAGACAGUCAAGUAUUGAAUCAUAAAGAAAACCUGAAGUGGAACUGGAGUCUCAUUGGGACCAUCUUAAAGUGGCCAAAUGUGAACUUGAGGAAUUGUAAAGAUGAGCAACUGCACAGGUUUAUUCGGCGACUCCUGUAUUUUUACAAGCCCAGCAGCAAACUCUAUGCCAAUUUGGAUCUAGACUACAACAAGGCAAAGCAACUUACUGUAGUGGGAUGCCACUUCACUGAAUUUUUAUUGGACUCUGAAGAGGAUGGACAGACUUACCUAGAGGAUCUUGUUAAGGACAUUGUGCAGUGGCUUAGCUCGUCAUCUGGAAUGAAACCAGAACGUGGCCUUCAGAACAAUGGCUUACUUAACACGCUCAGCCAGCACUACUUUCUUUUUAUUGGCACCCUGUCCUGUCAUCCACAUGGGGUCAAGAUGCUUGAGAAAUGUAAUGUGUUCCAGUGUCUUCUAAAUCUCUGCUCGCUAAAAAACCAAGACCACUUGUUAAAAUUGGCGGUGUCCAGUUUGGAUUACAGUCGUGAUGGACUUGCCAGAGUGAUCCUGUCCAAAACUUUGACUGCAUCUGCUGAUAGCUGCCGGUUAUAUGCUACAAAGCACCUGCGCGUUCUUCUUAGAGCUAAUGUAGAGUUUUUCAGUAACUGGGGAAUAGAGCUUUUGGUGACUCAGCUGCAUGAUAAAAGCAAAGCGAUUUCCACUGAAGCCCUGGACAUCUUGGAUGAGGCCUGUGAAGACAAGGCUAAUCUUCAUGCUCUCAUCCAAAUGAAACCAGCUCUUUCUCAUCUCGGGGACAAGGGCUUACUUCUUCUACUUAGGUUUUUGUCCAUUCCAAAAGGAUUUUCGUACCUGAAUGAAAGAGGUUAUGUAACAAAGCAGCUUGACAAAUGGCAGAAGGAAUACAAUUUGAAAUAUGUGGAUUUAAUUGAAGAACAACUUAAUGAAGCUCUCACUACAUACCGCAAACCUGUCGAUGGUGAUAACUAUGUUCGCCGAAGCAACCAAAGAGUACUACGUCCAUAUGUGUAUCUACCAGUUCACCUGUAUGGGCAGCUGGUGCAUCACAAAACUGGAUGUCAUCUUUUGGAGGUUCAGAAUAUUGUCCCAGAUCUGAGUUACACUGUUCGAUCACCUACAUUAGACAAAUGGGAAGGAAUCAAGCAACUGAAAGCAGCUCUUUGGUCACUGGGAAAUAUUGGGUCUUCGAACUGGGGCCUUAAUUUACUUCAAGAGGAAAAUGUUAUCCCAGAUAUAAUCGCACUUGCCCAGCAUUGUGAAGUGCUCUCAAUACGAGGGACAUGUGCCUAUGUUCUUGGAUUGCUGGCCAAAACAAAGCAAGGAUGUGAUAUCUUGAAGCACUAUAACUGGGAUUCAGUGAGACACAGUCGCAGACAUCCAUGGCCUGUAGUCCCUGAUGACAUGGAGCAGCUUUGUAAUGAAUUACCUUCCGUCCCAAGCACACUUAGUCUAAACUCUGAAUCCACUAGCUCUCGGCAUAACAGUGAAAGUGAAUCAGCACCUCCAAGUAUGUAUAUUAUAGAGGAUGAUCGGUAUGGUACUUCUUCCCCAAACUUCCUUUUCACGGAAGAAUCUGAGCAAACGUUUCUUGAUAAACCUUUAAAGGAUAAGGAUCGCAGCCCUUUCAUGCUGCUAGCGCAAAGCAAGUUUGUCAAAAAUCGAUUUUUAAAUUCGUUAACUUUGCCCAGUAAAAAGCCUCGGAGCAGCAGUAGUAGUGAUCCUAAAACACGUGAACGUAUAGGUGAAAACAAGGGGGGGUUGAGACGAAACCGAACACUAACAGAACCCACUUCUAAUACAGACUUUAACUCCAUGGACAGUUUCAGUUCAGUCUUCAAAGUUCCAAAAAUUAACACACUGCGCUUAGAAACCUCAUUUGUCAGCAAACAAACAGAUGACACAGGGAGUACACCUAGUUUUACAGAAAAUGAUUUGAAGCUUCCAAAAUGUUUUGGAAAUGAUAUCCACAGGGACCAUGCAAGCAGAGAAAAAUUAAUAGCAGACGGGACGAUUACCACUCAUUUCAAAAGCCGCAGUUUAAGUUUUAACACCGACACCACAACCAGUGGUAUUAGCUCAAUGAGCUCAAGUCCUUCCAGAGAGACAGUGGGAAUAGACACUGCAAACCUCGAUACAGACUGUGGGAGCUUGAGCACAGUAGUAAGCACCAAAACUGUCAAAACUAACCCGUCCAUACUGCAUCCGAAUCAUCUGCCUCUUUCAAAAUCAAACUCUGUAUCUUUGGUACCUCCAGGGUUGUCACAUACACUUCCACGCAGAGCGCAGUCCCUCAAGGCACCUUCUAUUGCUGCAAUAAAAAGUUUAGCCGAUUAUCAUUUUAGCUACACAAGCUCACGAGAUGCGUUUGGCUAUGCCACACUGAAACGACUGCAGCAGCAACGUAUGCAUCCUUCACUGUCACAUUCUGAAGCCCUUGCAUCACCUGCCAAAGAUGUUCUCUUCACGGAUACAAUAACCAUGAAGACAGGAAGCUUGGACUCCCGACUAACCUCAAGCAGGUUCAUGAAAGCAUUAAGUUAUGCAUCGCUAGACAAAGAAGAUUUAUUAAGUCCUAUUAAUCAUAAUACACUUCAACGCUCCUCUUCUGUACGUUCCAUGGUGUCAAAUGCAGCCUAUGGCAGUUCUGAUGACUACAUUGGUCUAGCUCUUCCUGUGGAUAUAAAUGAUAUGUUCCAGGUAAAAGAUACUCCUUAUUUUCAGAAGUCUAUACCUCCAUGUGAAGAACGCGUAGCAAACUUCUUUGCACCAGAAGUACCAGCUGUCCCAGGAUCUGGUGUUAAAAGUCCUUUCCAGGCAUUGCGACAGCAAUUCAGCAUUACUGAAAUCAUGAACUCAAGUCGCUCAGAUGCUUCCCAGUUCCUUGAAAAUACAGAAGACACCGGUUUGCAGGAACAUACAGAUGAUAACUGCCUCUAUUGUGUUGGCUUGCAAAUAUUGGGAUACAAUCAUAGUAAUCAAUUAAAUGAGUUUGGUCGUUUAGACUUUCCUGACAUUCCAUAUUCUGAUUGGUGCGCGCAUACCAUCCCCAAUCACUUAGAGGUGGUAUCUAACACUUCAAAGUUUUCUGGGAUAUCAGGGUGUAGUGAUGCUGCUUCACAGGGUUCCACGAGCAGUACCAAAAGUACAGACUUAGUUUUAGGUGGAAAGUCAAUUCCUGAAGAUACGCCAAUGUGCCGAAUAUUGCUGAGAAAAGAGGUCCUAAGACUGGUCAUUAAUUUAAGUAGCUCAGUAGGAACAAAAGGUCAUGAAACUGGGCUUUUAACGAUUAAAGAAAAGUUUCCCCAGGCAUUUGAUGACAUCUGCCUGUAUUCUGAGGUUUCCCACUUGCUUUCUCAUUGCACAUUUCGACUUCCUUCUCGGCGGUUCAUUCAGGAGCUCUUUCAGGAUGUGCAGUUUCAGCUUAUGCACGAAGAAGCUGAAACUCUCCUUGCCGUUCCUCCAAAGCAUCCUAUAAUUGACACUGAAGGAGAAUCCUGACCUCAGAAUUCAAAGAUGGACUAAUAAAGAACAGAUGUUGUCUGACCCACAGAUGGCAAACAGAGGAGCAGAUCCUGUCAUUCUGUUCAGUGCAAACUGCUAUAUGCACAGUGACUGGGAAGCCACCUUUUUGUUUGUUUUUAAAAAAAAAAUAAUAAUUUAA